AUGACGGACGAGCUGCCCCUCGCCACCGACUGCAUUCUCCCUCCCGUGUUGCUGCCGAGGCCACCGGCAGUUGCUACUGCUGUGGCGACGAACGUUACGGGGCAUCGACUCCACGCCGUGGCGUGCACGCUUCGCCGACCGCGGGGCCUCGUCGGCGGCACUGAUGAUGCCUGUCCGUGCUCGGGCGUCCAUCGCCGCCAUAGCGCACCGUGCGAUCCGUCCACCCACACCGCCGCCGAGGCUGCUUUCUUGCACCGCGGCCGCCACACCACUCGCCACACCACUCGCCACACCACCCGCUACACCACCCGCUACACCAUCAGCACCACCCAACCAGCCACGACCCAAACGGCGUCGCGCAGGUCAAGGCCAACGACGUGCCAUCGAUCCCUUCUCCCGUACUCACCUCAUCUCCUCCUCCUUCACCACCUCCCCUCCUCCUGCCGUGAGAGGCGAGAACGAGCCGAGCGGCACGCCCUCGUCAUGGAAAAGCAAUCGCUCAUGCUCUCGCCCUCGUCCUCGUCCUCGCCCUCGCCCUCGCCCUCGCCCUCGCCCUCGCUCACCAUCGCUCCGCCGCUGCCGCCGCGCUUCCUCGUCCCCCGUCGACCCCUCAUCCAUCGCACCCCCAUCCUCAUCCUCUUUGCCGUCGCCGCCGCCGCCGCUCUGGUCUUCCCCUUCCGCAGCCUCCUCGCCCUCGCCCCCUGCACCGUCACCGCCGGUUGCUAUGGCGGAUACCGAUCCGCCUACAGCUUCGAUGCCCACGCCGCCCACAACGCCGCCUGGAUGGCUCGCCUGCCGGACGCCGUUCCGAUCUCGAGCCUCAGCAUCCCCGGCUCACAUGACUCCAUGACGUACGGCCCCCUGCUCCGCCGCGACCCUGUCCUCCACUGCCAGAACUGGAACCUCUCCGUCCAGCUCGAAGCCGGCCUGCGCUACUUCGACAUCCGCGCCCGCCUCCGCGACGGCGAGCUCCGCAUCUACCACGCCGACGGCGACACCGGCUUCGCCCUCGGGGAUGACGUCUUGCGUCCCAUCAUCGCCUUUCUCGACGAGCACCCCUCCGAGGCCAUCGUCAUGCGCCUCAAGGAAGAGGGUCCGCCCAUAUCCGGCGGCCGCCGAAGCGGCGACGCAUCCUCCUUCGAAGCCGCCUUCCUCCGCGUCCGCGACGCCAUCCCGAGCGCCGCCGCCCGCAUCUCCACACCCUCCGGCGCCCUGCCCACCCUCGGCGCGCUGCGCUCGCGCAUCCUCCUCCUCCAGAACUUUGCCUCCGAACACGCGGCCGACGCCUACGGCCCCGCUUGGGACGGCCCCCAGAUGGCCCUCGAGGACGUGUGGAUCAUCCCCGACGUCUACCACCUCGCCGACAAGUGGACCGCCGUCCGAGCCGCUCUCGAACGCGCCGCCACCGACCCCCUCGACAACCGGCUCCUCUACCUCGCCCAUGUGUCCGCCUCGGUCGGCGUCCUACCUGUCGAGGCGGCCGCCGGACCCGCCAACCGCACCGUCACGGGCAUGAACGACAUGACGGGCCAGUGGCUGCGCGACUUCGAAGCCGAGCCCGCCGGCCGGAGAACGGGCAUCGUCAUCUUCGACUUUCCCGGCAAGCGGGUUAUCGAGGCCGUCCUAGCUUGGAAUAAAAAGCUGCUGGCGCAAUGA